AUGGAUGCUACUAAAACACCCAAAGGUGCCGGAGGAAAGAAGGGUGGCUCAAAGAAAAAGGCUGUAACUAGGUCAGUGAAAGCUGAUCUUCAGUUUCCAGUUGGUCGUAUUGCUUAUUACUUGAAGAAGGGUUGUUAUGCUCAGCGUGUUGGAUCUGGUGCUCCUAUUUACCUCGCUACCGUCCUUGAAUACCUUGCUGAUGAGGUGUUGGAGUUAUCUGGAAAUGCGGCGAGGGACAAUAAGAAGACGAGGAUUAUUCCAAGGCAUUUGUUGUUGGCAGUGAGGAAUGAUGAAGAGCUGGGAAAGUUGUUGGCUGGUAUUACUAUUGCAAGUGGAGGUGUUCCUCCCAACAUUAACCCAGUUUUGUUGCCUAAGAAAUCUACUGCUUCUGAGGAGAAGGCGUCGACACCAAAGGCCAAAAAGUCACCAAAGAAGGCUUAGGGAUUGGAUUUUAGGAGUUUUAUGUUUGGGUUAAAUAUGCAGUAAUCCUUUGUGCAUUGAUGGAGUACUUUUUGAAGACUGCAGGAUAAAUCUUGAGGGAUUGGGGUGCAUUGUUGUUUAUAGAAUUGCUUAAUUCCUCUUAUGAUAAAAUAGAUCGAGGUACAUGGCAUAGUUGUGAAGGAGGAUGUUAAAUUGUUUGUAUGCUGAUUGUUUUUGUGGUAACUAGUAGUGUUUGAAGAAUCA